UCUAAAGCCCUAAACAUUCGUUCAUUUCCUUCUCCGUUCCAUCAGUUACGAUUUUACUUCGGCAAGUCAGUCCCACUCUGUCUACCUCAUCAAUUGGCGGUUACGAAUGUUCAAGCUUAGGUUUCGAUUCCACAAUUCCCGAGCUUUGCCACGAAAGUGCUACUUUCUGAUCAAUCGACCGAGUCUUCCACCUCCGGAUCUCAUCAAGAGUCUAAUUCUCUCCAAGAUUUUAGGCAUCAACAAGGAUCAGAAAGUGAACAAAUUGAGCAAACUUUUUAUAAGAGAAAAUUUUCUGGAGAUCGUCAUAGAGGAGGAGGAGAUCCUCAACCUGAAGUUAGAGAACGAGCGGUUGAAAGAGGGUUUUGCCGCAAAUAUCGCGGUCCUUGAGAAGAUCUCGCAGAUUUCCUCUCUUUCUAAAGACUGCCCUUCCGAUCUAUAUGCACGCCUUGAGGCUGCAGUUGAUUCUUCAAGCUUCUUGACAAAAAUUGAAUCACUUCAUCAGGAGUCCAAUGCUAUACCAAACAAUUAUCUUCCUACAGAAGUUACAGAUCUCAAAGAAGUUGACCUUUCCGAUAAUGUCAAUGGGGACCCUUCUUGGUGGAUUUGGGUAACAGAAGAGAUGGUUCCAGAUAAUUUGGAGGAAGCGUGUGGAAUUGACAAUGAAAAUUAUGUUAUAAUUAGUGAUGAGAAUGUGGGUGAUGGGAUUGUUGAAUUCAUAGCCAAAUGCAUCCAUGAAAACCCAAGAACUAAGGUGUUAACACCAGAGCAGUUGCAGAGAAGUAAGUUUCUGUUGCCUUUAAUACACUUUAGAUUGACUUAG